UUGGUAGGUACGUACCAAAUUUAAAUUUAAAGCCCACUUUAACUUUAUUAUGAAAUCUGUCGUUAAUGCUGUAUCUAUAGUUAGGCUAAUAAGUAAAUUUUGAAUUUCAUUUAUAUAGUAAAUAUGUAUAAUCGACAUAUUUUGACAAAAUAUUUUGUCGAUAUAUUUUGACAAAAAAAAAAUCUAAGCAAUUUAAUUAAUUCAAAAUACAUUUUACUGCUGUCAGAAAAAAUGUUUAUUUCACAAAAUAAACGUGGCUUUUCGCUUAAAUCCCAGGUUCAAACUGCUAAGAGACAUGUGGUUGGCAGCUUUAACAUUGAAUUUAAGCGAAAACAAUAUUUAUUUGUCAAAUAAACAUUUAUUUCUGUUUCCUGACAGAACUAAAAUGUAUUUUGAAUUAAAUGAAUUACAUUCAUUCUUUUUGUCACAAUUAAUUUAAUCCAAAAUAUUUUUUUGGACACCCUGUAUACCUAAAUAAUUAUGUUAAAGUUUAUAUUAUUGAAUAGCGAAUUAAAUAACCUUUCAAAUGAGCUAUCACACAACGCAAUACUCUCAUUUAAAAAAAUCAUCGAUUAGGUCAUCACGCCCAGGCGGAUGACGUCACUAGUAUGAUAUAUAUGCCAAAAAGUCAUAAUUUAAAAAUAAAAAUCGACCUGUCUCAGGAUUUCUUUCCAAAUUCGCCCAUUCUCGAGAUAAUGAAUUUAUUUCAACUCAAACGUCCUCACUGUAUAUUAGGUUAAGUAUAUUUUGAAUUUUACAACAAUAAUUUUACACCAGUAUUUUGAAUUUCUCUAUAAAAUAAUUAACCAUAGGAAAGUUAUAAAUUAUAGUAAAAUAACCAUCAUAAAAGUUAUAUCAUUACCACAUUAAAGAACAGUCCAAAGGAAAAUAGAAAUAUUCCACAUAAUAAAAAUUGUCUUAAACGAAAGUGAUUGUUUUCAGUUAAUAAGAGAAAACCUAAAAGGGAAAAUUAUUGUUUAAACAAACCUUUUGGUAGAGAAAUUCAAAAUACUGGUGUAAAAUUGCUAAGUCCCCAAUAACUAUAUAAUAACCUAUAACAUAGGUAUCGUAUACAUAAUAUACAUAACGAUGUUUUUUUAUUUAAAAUAUUUCUAAUACUAUAUAAUUCGAUUAAUAAAUAUAUUUUGAAUUUCAUUUAUAUAGAUAAUCGACCAAGCGAAGUGAGGUCUUUCAUUUAUUACUAUGUUAAACUUAAAAUAUGUAUUAAGUGUAUAAUAUAUGUUUUUCAAAUUGGCCGCCAAACUCAGAGACUGACUGUCAAUUGUCUAGAAGCUCGCCAGCAUAGUAUUAGUUUUCUCUAGACGCAAGUACACAAACCUACCUUUGAAAAGUUAUUUUAUUUUUAAAACUUUGUGUGACUUCAGUGACUUGUGAAGUUCCAACUAUAAAGUUUCUUGGUUUUGUUUUUCUUCCUUAUUUUAUUAUAUUCUAACACGAAAUAAAAUGAGUAAUAUCGAGAGAAGUUUUAUAUGUUGUAUUUGUAAAGGACCAUCCUUCUCAAAACAGUCAAAUCUUAGGGCCCACGUAAAAAAGUUCCAUCCAGACAAACUGGAGGAAUUGGCACCAAAAAAUGUUAAAAACGUAGCAGCUAUAUGCAAUGAAUGCAAUCAGACUUUCUCAAAAUACUCCAAUUUGAAAGAGCAUGUCCGGACAUUUCAUCCAGAAAAAAUGGAAGUCUUAAUCAAAGAUAAGUUUUAUCUUUACAAAUGCAGUGAAUGUUCCAAGCAAUUUUCGGGUUUAGCAAAUUUCAACGCUCAUAAGAAAAUACAUACAACUCCGAAAAUUGUUUCCCACCGUAAGCCCAAACAAUUGAAGUGUCCUUUAUGUAAAUAUGAAGAUAUCAAAUCGAAGUUAAUACACCAUUUUGGAGAAAAGCAUGAAGUUGUUGUUAAAGCUGAAAAUAUGCAAUUUAAUUCAUUAGAAGAAUUUCAUUUUUGGAAAUUGGAAGAGGAAAAAACAACUAGAUCAUUUUUUGUAAAGAAUCGUAGUUCCAGUAAUGUUUCAAAUGGCACUAAAACAAUAUAUAAUUGUCAUAGGUCAGGAAAAUACAUUGCUAAAGGAAACAAUAAAAGACAUUUAAAAUACAAAGGCUCUAACAAAAUAAAUGCUUUCUGUCCAGCCAAUAUUACAGUCAUUCAAGAAGCAAAUAUCUGCAAGGUAGAUUAUGUUAAGAUGCAUAUUGGACAUCAGAAUAACUUAGGUCAUUUAUUUUUAAGUCAGGAAAAAAAGCGGGAAUUAGCUAGUAAAAUAGCUGCAAAGAUUCCAUUAGCUGCCAUUUUAGAUGAAAUUAGAGAUUCUAUGACAAGUGCAAAUUUUUCAAGGAUUCAUCUUCUAACUAAAAAAGAUUUGCAUAAUAUUGAACAAACAUACAAUCUAAAUGCAACACCUGUCAGACAUAGGAAUGAUGCCAUAAGUGUCCAAGCAUGGGUAAAUGAACUACAAAAAAGUAAUAGUGUACUUUUCUAUAAACCGCAAGAUGAUUUAUCAGAAGAGCACUCAUGUUUAAAAAGAGAAGAUUUUGUUUUAAUUCUAAUGACCGAAGGUCAAAAGGAGAUGCUUGACAAAUUUGGGGGUGAUUGCAUUUGUGUAGACGGAACACACGGAAUAACUAGUUACGGAUUUGAAUUGGUAACAUUAUUGGUUCUUGAUGAUAUGCGAGAGGGAUUUCCAUGUGCAUUUAUGAUAUCCAAUAGAACAGAUGAAGACGUUAUGUGCAUAUUAUUUUCUUGUAUUAGAAAAAGUUUGCAAUCAAAAAUUUCGCCCAAAGUAUUCAUGUCGGAUAUGGCAGAAUCAUUUUUUAAUGCAUGGAUAAAAAUUAUGAGUCCUCCAGAAUACAGGCUAUAUUGUUGUUGGCAUGUAGACCGCGCAUGGAGGAAGAAUCUUUCGAAGAUUUCUGCUAAGGAUAUGCAAGUAGUGGUCUACCAACAAUUGCGUACCUUGCUUCAAGAAACGGAUGUAAAAGCAUUUUCACUUAUGUUGGAGACAUUUUUAAAAAGCCUCUACGAAAAUGAGGCUACCUUGGAGUUUGCAAAUUAUUUUAAAAUCCAUUAUGCUAAUAAAGUUGAUAGUUGGGCUUAUAGUUAUCGUCUAAAUAGCGGUUUGAACACGAACAUGCAUUUAGAACGUAUGCAUCAUACCAUAAAGUAUAUCUAUCUAAAAGGCAAACAUAACAAGAGACUAGAUAGGGCUAUUUCUGCUCUAUUGAAGUUUGUAAGAGAUAAACUGUUUGAUCAAUUAAUAACAAUUCAUAAAGGUAAACUGUGUACUAAAUUGAGAGAACUAAGGUCGAGGCAUAAGUCAAGCCAAGAACUUGAUCACAACUUAGUGAUAAAAAUGGAUACUGUUUGGCAAGUUCCUUCAUCCACAACUCAGGAAAUAUAUUUGGUAGAGCAAAGGAAAGUUGAUUGUGCUUGUAAAAUCGUUUGCUUGGAAUGUGAUGCUUGCUUUCACCAAUAUUCGUGUACAUGUAUAGAUUCAAGCGUCAGAUAUAAUAUGUGUAAACAUAUACAUUUAGUAUGCCGAUAUGAACAACACCUACCGGGUGAAAAAAAUGCAGAAUCACUUAUAACAGAAACGGACUCGGAUCAAGAUGGCAAUGCCCUAAUAAUUCAAGAAUGUACUUCUGAAAAUAAAAUACAGGAUUUAGUUAAGGUAUUAAGUUCUAAGGAAACUGAAGAUGGUGAUAAUGAUGCCAAGUUAGACAAAGAAAAAUUAAAUUUAAAAAACUGGAUAUGGGAUCAAAUUGAUAAAAUCUCCUCAAUGACAGAGCUAAAUGAAAUCAAACGUUUAACCGCUCCAAUUGAAGCUGUGCUAAACGCAGUUAAGGAAGGAAGCACAUCAAUAAAAAUACCAGAAGAAAAUAUAAAGAUUCCGCACAAUAAAAAUAUUGUUAAACAAAGGAGAUUGUUUUCGGUUAAGAAAAAAUCUAAAAGGGAAAAUCAGCGUGUUAACAAACCUUCUAUUAGUGAUAUUCAAAAUACCGCUGUAAAAUUGUUACAUCCUUAAUAAAUUUGUAAUAUAACUAUUACACAUAUCGAAUUUUUUUAUUUAAAAUUUUGCUAUUACGCUCGGUUUCAUAAUAAAGUUAAAGUGGACUUAAAAUUUUAAGUUGGUAGGUACGUACCAAAUUUAAAUUUAAAGCCCACUUUAACUUUAUUAUGAAAUCUGUCGUUAAUGCUGUAUCUAUAGUUAGGCUAAUAAGUAAAUUUUGAAUUUCAUUUAUAUAGUAAAUAUGUAUAAUCGACAUAUUUUGACAAAAUAUUUUGUCGAUAUAUUUUGACAAAAAAAAAAUCUAAGCAAUUUAAUUAAUUCAAAAUACAUUUUACUGCUGUCAGAAAAAAUGUUUAUUUCACAAAAUAAACGUGGCUUUUCGCUUAAAUCCCAGGUUCAAACUGCUAAGAGACAUGUGGUUGGCAGCUUUAACAUUGAAUUUAAGCGAAAACAAUAUUUAUUUGUCAAAUAAACAUUUAUUUCUGUUUCCUGACAGAACUAAAAUGUAUUUUGAAUUAAAUGAAUUACAUUCAUUCUUUUUGUCACAAUUAAUUUAAUCCAAAAUAUUUUUUUGGACACCCUGUAUACCUAAAUAAUUAUGUUAAAGUUUAUAUUAUUGAAUAGCGAAUUAAAUAACCUUUCAAAUGAGCUAUCACACAACGCAAUACUCUCAUUUAAAAAAAUCAUCGAUUAGGUCAUCACGCCCAGGCGGAUGACGUCACUAGUAUGAUAUAUAUGCCAAAAAGUCAUAAUUUAAAAAUAAAAAUCGACCUGUCUCAGGAUUUCUUUCCAAAUUCGCCCAUUCUCGAGAUAAUGAAUUUAUUUCAACUCAAACGUCCUCACUGUAUAUUAGGUUAAGUAUAUUUUGAAUUUUACAACAAUAAUUUUACACCAGUAUUUUGAAUUUCUCUAUAAAAUAAUUAACCAUAGGAAAGUUAUAAAUUAUAGUAAAAUAACCAUCAUAAAAGUUAUAUCAUUACCACAUUAAAGAACAGUCCAAAGGAAAAUAGAAAUAUUCCACAUAAUAAAAAUUGUCUUAAACGAAAGUGAUUGUUUUCAGUUAAUAAGAGAAAACCUAAAAGGGAAAAUUAUUGUUUAAACAAACCUUUUGGUAGAGAAAUUCAAAAUACUGGUGUAAAAUUGCUAAGUCCCCAAUAACUAUAUAAUAACCUAUAACAUAGGUAUCGUAUACAUAAUAUACAUAACGAUGUUUUUUUAUUUAAAAUAUUUCUAAUACUAUAUAAUUCGAUUAAUAAAUAUAUUUUGAAUUUCAUUUAUAUAGAUAAUCGACCAAGCGAAGUGAGGUCUUUCAUUUAUUACUAUGUUAAACUUAAAAUAUGUAUUAAGUGUAUAAUAUAUGUUUUUCAAAUUGGCCGCCAAACUCAGAGACUGACUGUCAAUUGUCUAGAAGCUCGCCAGCAUAGUAUUAGUUUUCUCUAGACGCAAGUACACAAACCUACCUUUGAAAAGUUAUUUUAUUUUUAAAACUUUGUGUGACUUCAGUGACUUGUGAAGUUCCAACUAUAAAGUUUCUUGGUUUUGUUUUUCUUCCUUAUUUUAUUAUAUUCUAACACGAAAUAAAAUGAGUAAUAUCGAGAGAAGUUUUAUAUGUUGUAUUUGUAAAGGACCAUCCUUCUCAAAACAGUCAAAUCUUAGGGCCCACGUAAAAAAGUUCCAUCCAGGUAAGUUCAUGUUUAUAACUGUUAUGUAUCUAUACUAAUUAUUACUAGCUAUCAAUCUUUUAAAAUACUUAGACAUUAGUUAGGGUAUUUGGUUCUCAACAUCUUUCCAUCACAAAAACUAUAGUUGUGAUAAUUUGGUAUUUUAACACAGUGAGAUUUGCAUAUUUUAUUUAUACGGUGCUUUGGAAUAAGUGUUACCCCCUUAUUAACUUUUUUAAUUUUAGUAGAUAAGCAAAACGCUCGGACAGGUCGAUUUUUAAAAUAAUCAUAGUAUAUUACAGCAUCAAUGUUUCGAACUUUACGCGAUUCCUAUUCAGGCGACAGUCGCAUAACUUUGAUUUUUUUUAAUAGGAAAGUAAAUCAUGUGACACCUCAUUUAAAAGCUUUUGAAAUACUGAUUACAAAAAUGUAUAAUACUUUUAUCCUAUUUGAGAGAGUAGGCGCAAAAAUUUCGGUGGAAUUAUGUUUAAACGCAUUCAUUUUUUUCGAAUCCUGAGAAAACGAAUACGUAUUUUUGAAAAAUUUAAACGAAGAAUGAAAUAUGACAGUAUUAUCGAGGGUUAAAAUAUCAUGAGAACGUCUACUUAUAACGUUUAUUUUAAUAAGUCACAGGGGUGAAAAAAAAAAGAGAAAAUUUAGUCCAUUUUUUAAUUUCAAAUAUGUAAUUUAAAAGAAACUUUUUGUUUAUUCUAAGGGACUAUCAGCCCUCCGUAAUAAUGUAAUCGUUUAUUCUGCGUUUAAAUUUAAAAAUACCUAUUAGCUUUCUCAGGAUUCGAAAAAAAUGAAUGCGUUUAAACAGAAUUCGACCGUAAUUUUUCGCCUACGCUCUCAAAUAGGAUUAAAGUGUUAUAUAUUUUUGUAAUCAGUAUUUCAAAAGCUUUUAAAUGAGAUGUCAUAUGAUGCACUUUCCCAUUUUAAAAAAUCAAGGUUAUGUCCGUCACCUGAAGAGGGAUCGCGUAAAGUUCGAAACAUUGAUGCUAUAAUAUACUAUGAUUAUUUUAAAAAUCGUCCUGUCUGAGCGUUUUGCUUAUGUCCUAAAAAUAAAUAAGUUAAUAAGGGAGAUAACACUUAUUCCAGCGCACUGUAUACAAUAUAUCUAUGUAAAAAACUAGAUAGGUAUCAUAAAGUGCAUGAUUAGUAAUCAUUGAUUACUCUUCUACAUAAUAUUUGAUUUUUUUUUUGAAAAAUGUCUUGUAAAUAAAACAAAUUUAAAUAAAUAUGAGUAUUUUGACAAAAGUGCAUUAAAUCUGACUGCUUUGAAAAGCAAGAUUCUGUUUAUUACUUAUGCUCAUGAUUAUGUGACAUGAUUUUUAUGUUAUUCUUUAGACAAACUGGAGGAAUUGGCACCAAAAAAUGUUAAAAACGUAGCAGCUAUAUGCAAUGAAUGCAAUCAGACUUUCUCAAAAUACUCCAAUUUGAAAGAGCAUGUCCGGACAUUUCAUCCAG